AUGGCUUUGCGUCCUGUACAAUGGCACAUUUACCUGAGUCUUGCGAUAUUAAAUGGCACAUAUAGUGGUCACGACCUUGCAGUGCUGCAUGAACGCAGUACACAUGAUUCUCUAGAUAUGAGUCUUUUCGUCCGCUGUGCAAGCUUUUGGAUUUGUGCAUGGACACGUCACAGCGGCAUAAAGGUACCGUUGCAAAAUCUUGGUACAACUUAUGACGAGCAUGGGCAUGCAUCUCAAGUUUCUAAAAUUCUACCUACGUGGACGGGCCUGACUGGUCCCACACUGUAUGAUAAUGGCAUAUACGAUGUUGAUGCACAUGACAUACAGUGGGACAUAUCCGAAGAUGACGCACGAAACGCACUCCGCGAACUCUAUGGUCGAUGUGCUUGGCAUACAAUCGAGAGUCAAGUAAUGUGGAACAUGUAUGUGGCAUUUGAGUAUGCGCUUCUUGAAAAGGAUCCAAGCGAUUUGCGCGUUGAUCUUGUGAAGCAAGUGUACACGGCACGGCUCCAAGUGCCUCACAAGCAGCUGGAGACUACAUUCCAGCGUUUUUCCAGCUUUGUAUCUACUCAUUUGCCUGCAUCAGAAUACGAGUCAGUCAUGACAAGUGCAAAUAAAUUAUACAGUGAUGCUUUGCGGCAAUGGCGUGAGCGGGAAGCUUAUGAUGAAUCUAUCAGCAAUGCAAACAGCACCUUGCAAGCUCACUGGAGUCCGUUUCUUUCUUGGCAAGUACACCGAAUCAAGCAACUCCGCACUUCCAAAGACAAGACACAUCUCGCAACGGAAGAGGAACUGGGCCUGACACUCUACCGGCGUGCUCUUCAUCGUUUUGGUAUGUAUCCGGCGGCGCGAAACGAUACCGAGGCGUCUGAGUACGCGGAUGUACCCCCUACACCUAGCGUGGAAAAGGUUCACAAGCAGAGGCAUGGCCGAAAGAGUCACAAGAUGCAAGAACGUGACCAGGCUCAGGCACGUAUUGAGGCGCGCCCAAGCAUUGCUGCUGCCGAGAGUAUUUGGCUUGAUAUGAUCGCAAUGGUGAACACGCCUCAAGUCGAAGCUGCAUCCCUGCUCCCGAUUUGUGAGCAAGCAACUCGGGUUUUACCGGUCUGUGGACGCCUGUGGGCAGUCUACCUUCGCUCUAUUACGCGUUUCCACCGGCCCAAAUCUCAGGUGCUUGAAAUCUUUGACCUUGUCAUGAAGUCUGAUUGUGUGGGCCGGAUCGCCGGUGGCACCUCACUCCUAGCCCUUUUACAAGCACGUAUUGACUGUGAACGAACUUAUGCGGUGCUUGAGCUCGCCUCUUCUCAAAACAUAGCCCCAGAGCAAGUCGUUCUUGUGGCUGACGUGGACCGAUUCAUGCACAUAUACGAACUUCUCUUACAGUCGAUCUCGGCCAUGAGCAAACUCCCCGAACCCGAACAAGACGCAAGUUUGGCACUUGAGACCUAUGCAAUUGAUUGGAUCGAACGUGCGGCACGCACGUUGGCUGCCAGCGCAGGCGCUGAUGCGGCAGCCGGACUGAAUCCAUUGGCUGAUGAGCUGUGGACACAUACGUUGCAGUUGCAUUCAACGCAUGCGCAAGCCUACGUCCAGGCAGGACAAUAUUACCAACGACAUGACGAUGACAAACGCGCACGGCAGAUCUUCAAGAGUGGCGUCGCGAAGGCUCAGCUGGACAACAAAGCAGCCGUGCUUUCAGCUUGGGUGGCGUUUGAGCAUGCUCGUGGCUCGCCUGCUGAAAUAGAACACGCCGAGGCGAAAGCGAAAGUGGAGCACGAUCGUAUGUGGCGCCAAUGGUACUCGUAUCAAGCACAGCAGGCGAGCACCUCGUGUGUGACUUCGAACACCAAUGCUGCGGUUGUGGCUGCGGCUGCUGAUGCUGAUGCUGACGAGCGCGCAUCGCUUCCUGAAACAGACGUGCUGAAGCGCAAAGCCGAUGACAACAAGGAGGGUGACUGCAACGAUGUUAUUGCCAGUGAAGUUGAAAGCGCGUCGCUUGCAAAGCGUCAAGAAACGCAACAUACACAACCGGCACGCGAUCGUGAAUUCUCGUCGGUUAUGGUGUCGGGUUUGCCGCCAAAUACGACGGAGGCCGAAGUGCGCACAUUCUUUCGUGACUGUGGCAUUAUCUUCGACAUGGUCGGACCGAAACAGAUUGCAACUACGUCGUCCGACACACAGCCCAUGAGCGCAGUUCUCGUGGAGUUCACAGAUCGUGAGGGCGCAAGCGCAGCACGCACCCGCGACAUGAAGCGAAUUGGUGAAAAUGAGGUGCGUGUUUCGCUCUCAUAUGCAUGCACGCUCUACGUGACAAAUUUUCCCCCAGAUACUUCGGACCUAAUGGUGCGUGAACGCUUUCAGAAGUAUGGACCUAUCUUUGAUAUCCGAUGGCCAAGUCGCCGCUUCGUGCAGUCGCGUCGGUUUUGCUACAUCCAGUAUAUGACAGAGUCAUCUGCGCAUGCGGCUCUUGCUGAGCAUGGCGUACAUUGGCAGCCACACCAUGCUUUGCAAGUGUACCUUUCAAAUCCCAUGCUCAAAAAGCAGCGCUCAGAUGCGAAUGCAAAUGACAAAGAGCUUUACAUGACAGGUUUGCCUCGUUCUGCAACAGUAGAGCAAGUACGGCAGUUUUUCGAGCCACAUGCACCAAUUGACGAUGUGCGAAUGCCACUUCGUCCUGACGGCAAGUCACGCGGUAUUGCAUUUAUUCAGUGUCGAACGCCACUCGAUGCGCGCCGGGCAAUGCAAGCCACAAAUAGCACGAAAUUCCACAACCGUCUUGUUGCUGUCACUCUUGCUGACGCUGGGCGCCAGAUGCGUUCGAAAGACACUCUACACGCUUCAAACGAUGCAUGGCGUGCCAAGUCCAUUCAUGUUGCAGGCUUGCCGCCUGAUGCACAGGAACCAUUGAUUCAGCAGGCCGUAGAAGCAGCAGUCGGACCCCGAACUGAGCGGCAGGUCUUUUGGACGCCUGGUCGUCCGCCCAAUGCCCACGGUACAUGUGACAGCAUAGUCGAAAUGGCCGAUGAAGAGGUCGCGGGACGUGCUGCCCUUGUUGCUGAUGCUUUUUAUGGUACUUUGCCACUGACCUUCACCAUGUAUCAAAACUUACCUCCGUCUUCUUCUGCCGCUGGAUCAGUCACGCCAGCAUACUCGGUCGCUCGUCGCGGCAACCAUGGACGCGGACCUCGAGGCGCCUUUGAAUUUUCUCGAGUGCACAAUCCGGAGAAUCAACCUGAUACUGCAACGCCCAAAGGACAAGAUGCGUUCCGUCAAAUGCUUCAUGAGCGUUAA